GCGGAGAGGUGCUCCCCAGCCUGCAUUGGGGGCAGCGGAGGGCAUGACCUGAGAGGAGUGGGCUGCCUGUGUCAAGGCGUUGUGCCCCCUCCGGGCCCUGACGUGGGGGGAGAAGGGGCCCAUCGGCCCAGGAUGAGCUCUUCGAGGGACGCCGACAGCAAGUUCCCUUUGCACGGCUUAGUCUGGAAUAAUGACUUCCAGAAGCUGGAAGAAGCGCUGAAGAACAAGCAGGAUGUGGACCAGCGGGAUCCCCGUGGCCGGACCUCAUUGCAUCUUGCUGUUUCUUUGGGAUACAUCGAGUCUGUCAGAGUCCUCCUGCGGCAUAAAGCAGAUGUCACCAAAGAAAAUGCACAGGGAUGGACAGUCUUGCAUGAAGCUGUCAGCACAGGGGAUCCUGAGAUGGUCCACAUGAUCCUGCAACAUAGGGAUUACCACCAGACGUCCACCACUCUUGGUGGGGUCCCAGAAUUGCUCCAAAAAAUUAAUGAGACACCAGAUUUUUAUGUGGAAAUGAAAUGGGAAUUCACCAGUUGGGUUCCGCUGGUUUCCAGAGUUUGCCCCAGCGAUGUUUGCCGCAUCUGGAAGAGCGGUGCAAAGCUGCGAGUUGACAUCACACUGCUGGGAUUUGAGAACAUGAGCUGGGAACGAGGGAAGCGCAGUCUGAUCUUCAGGGGGGAAGAAGAUACUGGGAACUGGGCAGAGCUGAUCGAGGUGAACCACGAUGAGAAGGUGGUUGCCACAGAGCGCUUUGAGAUCACCCAGCAAAUCAAGCGCCUGACCUUGGACUCCAUGACCCCGAAGACCAAGGAGGUGGAGAGGCGGCUCACCUCUCCCAUCAUCAGCACUUCCCUGGACACGAGGAACAUUGCCUUUGAAAGAAAUAUGUCUGGCUUCUGGGUCUGGAGAACUGAGAAGAGUGAAUUGGUGAGCGAUUAUGAUGCAAAGGUCUAUACGGCCAACAACGUGAAUGUUGUGACCAAGAUCAGAACAGAGCACUUGACAGAAGAAGAGAAGAGGAGAUACAAAGCUGACAGAAACCCCUUUGAAUCCUUUUUGGGAACCAUCGAGCAUGAGUACGGGGCACAACAGGACCUCACGACAGAAUACGCCACAACCAACAACCCUACAGCCAUCACUCCUGAGGAAUAUUUCAACCCUCAGUUUGACCUGAAAGACAGAGAUAUCGGGAGACCCAAAGAAGUGACCAUCCGGACUCAGAAGUUUAAAGCCAACUUGUGGAUGUCCGAACAGUUUCCCCUCUCCCUUGUGGAGCAGGUCACCCCCAUUGUGGACUUGAUGGCCAGAACCAGUGCACAUUUUGCUCAACUCAAAGACUUCAUCACCUUGGACUUUCCUCCUGGAUUUCCAGUUAAAAUCGAGAUCCCAUUGUUCCACAUCCUGAAUGCUCGCAUUACUUUUGGGAAUGUGAACGGCUGCAGCACAGCAGAAGAGGCGUCUCCCCAGGCUUCAGAUGGGGCACAGCAGCCAUCUGCCUCUACCUUUGUGGUCGACCAGUCCGUCUUUGAGAUCCCUAAAUCCUAUCACAUUCAGGACGAUGGCAGGAAUGUCCGGGUGCAGGAUGAAGACAACGAGAUCAUGCAGUUUGCUAUCCAGCAGAGCCUGAUGGAGUCUGGCCAGAACAGAGAGGCUUUGGGACCAGACUUGAAUGGGGCUGUCUCUUACUCACAGGACCUCAACCUUCAGUAUCAAAGGGCUUUGCAGGAAAGCUUCUUGGCUACUCCAGCCUCCGCCUCUCUGCAGGAAUCUUCCAGUUUCGAUCGGGACCUGCGCCUGGCUAUGGAGCUUUCCGUUCGUGAGCAGCAGGACCUGGAGCGGCGGCAGCAGGAGGAGGAGGAGGCAGAGCUGCAGCGAGCUCUCCAGCGCUCCCUCCUUGACAAAUAGGCAGGCGGAGCUCCCGCAACCCUCUCUCUCUGUCUCUCAAAGCAAAAGGAAGAGCCUAAUCCUUUCUCAGUGCUGAGAAGCACAUGGGCUCAGCUGCCCAGGGCUGGCUGCACCUUGCGCCAGGCUACAAAUGUCCUUUGUGGGGACAAUUUGCGGCAGAUCUACAGGAGCCGUCCCCACAUCUCAAGCUUCAUUCUCCUUUUGUGUGCUCUGAACUUUGGACUUAAAAGACGAACUCCUUGGGCUGCCUUCAACUUUUUUCUGAAAAGGGGGGGGGGGCACUUUGGCUAGUGUCCAGCACUGCAGGGAACUUGCCCUGUUUGAGGAAGGUUUGUGUGAGCAUCAUCUCAUUGCCGGUCAAAGACGCAGCAAGUCAUCCAGGUUGUCUUUGAAUCCAGCGAACAGCAGCCACUGUCUGUUGGGGACAGUGCCAUGAGCAUCCUUACCUUAACCUGGCACCCUCCAGGUAUGGGGAAGGAUGCUCUAGGCAUAAUGCCCUAUUUCCUUCCAGCCUUUAACACUAUCUCAACCCCAGCUGUUUGCUACUCCAGUGGGCACAAGACCUUCUGUGCCACACAAGUGCUUUACAAGGGUCUUUGUGUGUAUAGGAGUGUUUGGGUUUUUAAAAAAAAGAAAAAAAGGGAAUUGAGAGAAACCUAACUCAGUACCCAAUUCCCCAUAUUAAAAGGGAGAAAGGGACUGCUAUAAAGCAGGUUCUCUUGACCAAAAGGGAAACUCAUGUUGCCUUCUUAUAGUGCAUAUUAUCUCCCUUUCCUCUAGAAAGUGCGUUUUUGUCUGUUUUAAGAUGAGUACAGUUCUUAAAGCAGGUGCUACGGGGAAUAGGAGCAGCAUAGGAGUAAAUUUUGCCUGUUUUUCUGUUGCCUGCAGACCAUGUGGCCUUAGCUAGCAAUAAACCCAGGGGAGGGGGCUGGGGGUCAGGGCGAGGCAGCAGUGCCGCCGCCACCACCUCCUCCCUCUCCAGAGGCACAGAGGGGCUGGGUAGCAAGCAAAGAGGUGAGCUGGCUCCACCUCCUUCAAACGUUGUUUCAGAAACUGGCAGGAGGGAAGCAAAUGUGAAGCCACACCACAGGAAGUCCCUCAGAGCAGCAGCCUUUGCCAAGGCGGUGCCGUCCAACUAUUUGGUAGUACCACUCCUGGGUGGGGAGUGGGGGGCUAGCCAGCAGAGCUGUGGGAUGCUUUGGCUAAUGGGGGGGGGUCAUCCAAAACAUUGGAGGGCACAGGUUGGGGAAGUCUGCCUUGUGUUGGUUGGCAGAGACGUCCCUGGGCUUUCAGGUGCCUCAGACCAGCUGCAGGGCUAAUCUUUGCUCACCUCCCCUGGGGGGGGGGGGGCAGCCUCUCCAAAUGUACCAGUUGCAAGUUUUGCCUGACUUUAUUUAAUCUUCACUCUUAACUGAAUCUGUCUCAAGGCCCCGAAGGGAAGGGAAUCUCUAUAAAGCACUCCAGAAGAAAGGUAGUUGCAAUUUCUGGGUGUGCUAUGACGGGGCAAGCCGGGGGGGGGGUGGACAACUCUGGAAUUGUCGUUGUAACCAGGCCAGAAAUAUGCAGCUAAGUUUCACAUGAAAAUAAAAGGAAUCCUUUUGAAGAGGG